AUGCAGCGCAUUUCACCCCACUUUGUCUGCCCCGCGCUCUUCCAAGACGCCCUCCGAUAUACCUUCGCAUACCGUAAAGUCAGCCGAACAUCUAUCCGAACCUACAUUCUUGCACCCCGCCGCCGCUUCUCUACGCAAACUUCGCCCUUGGGCUUCGACGACGACAUGGGCAAAGAAGACAAGAACAAAUCGUUCAACCUGAAGGUGCCAAAGGGCACACGCGACUGGACUGGCGAGGAUGCCGCACUUCGCGACAACCUGUUCCAAACAGUAACGGAAGUUUUCAAGCGCCACGGCGCUACGACACUCGACACGCCCGUCUUCGAACUCAAAGAGAUCCUCAGCGGUAAAUAUGGAGAAGACUCAAAGUUGAUAUACGAUCUGCAGGAUCAAGGCGGCGAGCUCUGCUCACUGCGCUACGAUCUCACCGUCCCACUUGCACGAUGGCUCGCCAUGAACCCUAGCGUCCAGAGUUUCAAGAGAUACCAAAUCGCUAAGGUGUACCGCCGCGACCAACCAGCCAUGACCAAGGGUCGCAUGCGAGAGUUUUACCAAUGCGACUUCGAUAUCGCGGGUUCCUACGACGCCAUGAUUCCAGAUGCCGAGGUACUCAAGAUUGCGACCGACGUCUUCGAUGCGCUCAAGUGGGACUCGUACACGAUCAAGAUAAAUCACAGGAAGAUUCUAGACGGCAUGUUCAAGGCUGCUGGCGUCAAGGCAGAACUGAUAAGGCCGAUCAGCUCUGCUGUGGACAAACUAGACAAGCUACCAUGGUCAGAGGUCAAGCAAGAAAUGGAGACCAAGGGACUGCCAGCAGACAUCGCGGAUAAGAUUGGUGAAUGGGUGCAGCGCAAAGGCGGCGACGACAUCAUCGACUAUCUCAAGACAAACGAGACCCUUUCUCAAUCGGAAGAUGUCAGCCAGGGUGUUCGGGAGAUGGAACAGCUCUUCUCAUACCUCGAUGCUUUUGGUGCCCGCAAGAGGAUCUCUUUCGACCUCUCACUCGCCAGAGGUCUAGACUACUACACUGGGCUCAUCUACGAGGUAAUUACAGAAGGCUCAGCACCGCGCGUAAAAGGUCAGCAGCAAGAAAUCGGCGUAGGAAGUGUCGCCGCCGGUGGUCGUUACGACGGGCUCGUGGGCAUGUUCAGUGGCAAGCCUAUUCCCUGCGUUGGCAUAUCUUUCGGCAUCGACCGAAUCAUUAGCAUCAUGAAAGCCCGCGGCCAGUCGACACAGCGUGCCAAAGAUGUCGAUGCCUUCGUCGCAGCCUUUGGUGGUAAAGGCUUCACCGGCCUGUUGACAGAACGUAUGCAAGUCGCUCAAGAGCUAUGGGCUGCAGGCAUCAAGGCUGAGUUCUCGUACAAACUGAAGCCGAAACUUCCUCAGCAAUUCAAACAAGCUGAGGUGGCUGGUGUCCCGCUCCUCGUCAUCCUUGGUGAGGAUGAGCUCAAAGACGGCAAGGUCAAGAUUAAGGUCCUGGGAAUCAAAGACGACAACGACCCCGAGAAAGACGGUGUACUGGUGAACAGGACUGAUAUGAUUGCCGAGAUUCGGAAGCGACUACCAAGCGCAGCUUGA